AUCAAGCUGGGACUUGUACACACACGUGAUCUAUUUUCACCUGUGCUGACGCUGCCAAUUUGUACUAUUUCACCUGAUAGUAUUUGCAAACGCACGUGUUUACGGAACACGGGCACAGACGCUAGAUCUAGACGGAACCAGGUAACGUAGCAGCAUGCCGGGAGUAAAACGAAAGGCGUCACGUGCUUCGCCUUAUGAACCGGUCAAUAAACUGACCAAACAGCGAACCUCCACUGCUGCCAGCCCUGUCAGGGAGGAAUCAACCGCCCGCCCACCGCUGCCUUUGCCAAAAUGGCCAAGUCUUAAAAGAAAAACGACGAAAGACAGCGCCACCCCCGAGGGAUCAGGAGACGCGUCCCCUCCACCGGGAUUGAGAAGGGCCCCCACCCUAACCCUGGAGGAUAAAGAAUCCAAGUCGGCUUCACCUCUCGCUGGCAAGAAGAGCUUGUCCAAGAAAGGGUCUGUUGUAGUAGGCGAGGUCGUUACUGCCCCUUCUCUGCCUAAAACAGCGUCCAUCGUUGAAGGUGACGAUAGAGUUACGACCUUGACUCUACUGGCCUCUGGAUCAACUGUUGGCCGCACCACCAGUUUCUCUGAAGCACCUGCUGCAAUAAGCAAGGAACUCUCCAAGACAUCCACCACCACCAAGACGCCUCUCAUCUGUAAGAGCAUCAGCAGAGGAGGCAGCAUCGUCAUCGGCGGGGGAGACGUCCCAUCUCUCAGCAAGUCGUCGUCCAAGUCCAAGUCUGUGUCGUCGAAAUCAGGCUCCGAGACUGGUGUUGCUUUGGAGAAGGUGCUCAGUCUCAGUAAAUCUUUGUCCAAACCGUCUCUGACGAAGGAGAAGUCUGCCAGUCUCAUCAGUGCCGCAGCCGAAGAAGCUGCAGCUGCUGAUGAAGAGAAUGGUGACGGUGCAGUCACAGUGGACAUCCCCCUUCCACCUGGGGGACUCAUGGAGAUCGUUUUCUCCUUCGAUACGACCGGCUCCAUGAUGAGUUGUCUGGAGCAGGUUCGGAGCCAAAUCCAGGAUAUGGUUCAGCGACUCCAGGCAGAUAUCCCUGGCAUACGCAUCGGCAUAUUCGCCCACGGCGACUACUGCGACGCCAGCAACUACGUUGUUCAGUGGAUCGACUUCGGCGCAUCAACCCCGGAGAUCUGCAAGUUCGUUAAAGACGUAAAGCCUACUGGAGGUGGUGACUUCCCAGAGGCGUACGAGGUGGUCCUGAGACGCUGCCAGAGCGUUCUGUCCUGGACCCCCGGGAGUCAGCGUUCCCUGGUGAUGAUAGGGGACGCCAUCCCCCACGAGGCCAAAGAUCCUCAGAAUGAGGAGAACAUUGACUGGAAGACAGAGUGCAGGGCUUUGAGAGACAUGGGCGUCCGCAUCUAUGGUGUACAGGCCGGGUCAAGCAAUGACACAAAAAAGUUCUUCAAAGAAAUGACAAACAUCACUCAUGGCCGCCACUUGCAACUGGAUCAGUUCUCGAACAUCUUCGAUAUGAUCAUGGCUAUCUGCUACAGAGAGAGGGGAGCGGACUUCCUCGAGGCAUACGAGGACGAAGUUCGGGGCCGCCACGGAGGAGGGGCCAUCAGUAAGGAUCUGGAGGGACUGUUCGGGACGCUGAGGGAUGACUCGGACUCUUCUUCGUCGACACCCGUAAAGACAGGGACCAAGAAGGGUAUCCCGAAGGCCACAGCCCUGAAGAAACUGAAAGCAGUGGUGAAGGCUAAAGGUGCAGCUAAGAAGGUCAAGGGCGCCGGUAAAACCAAACCCAAAGCGAAACCGGCAAGGAAAAAGACUGGAGCAAAGAAAACCACCAAAACUAAGACGAAGGCCAAGAAAAGUAAGAAGUUCCUACGUGAAAAUGUAAACGACAAGAAUUUCAUCUUUGGUUCCAACGACGAUGGUUGUGAAGAUGCCUUGCUGAUCGACAUGGAAUGGACGGACUGGAAGCGCGCCAUCUACCCCGCGAAGACAAAGCUCCACUCGCCAUCUAGGUCAGCCCGCGGCACUAAACGAACAUUCAGAGGGGCUAAUGGAUAUGUGAGGUCCGACCUGUUCAAAUGGAACCAUGACGUCCAGGCCAUCUACGAGCUAGGUGUCCGACCUCCAGGAGGCAAUCGGAAGCGUAUCUACGCGACGCUGUUUAAAUUUUCAAAGGGGUUUAAGAGCAAUCAGGCAUGGGAUUCAUUCCUGUUGAGGAACAAACGCGCGUUUGAGGCGGUGAGCAAUGUUAUCGCACGGGAGGGAUUGAUCUUUGUCAGGCGAGCUGUGUACCCUCCCGAUAAUGAUAUUUGGUUCCCAGAUACCAUCAAACGCAUCAAGGAAAUAUUUGACUAUGCGUGGAACAAGCCUUUGAAAGGAGGUGAAAACUUCCGAACCAUUGAAAAGGGUAGUUUUCUCAUCAGUGGCGUCCGAAAGGCUCGGAACACUCCCAAGAAGAAAACAGCCACCACCUCUAAGGGUAAGAGCUCAUCUAAAAAGACAAAGGCAGCUGCUGUGAAGAAAUCAAAGCCCAAAACCAUAACCACUAAAAAGACAGCUAAAAAAACUAAACCAACCAAAAAGACAAAAGCACCCGCUAAAAAGACAAAAGGCAAAGGGAAGGCAGCUAAAUAGACAGGGACUUAUCUUCAACAGUGUUUAACUGCCAUUAUAUUUUAAUACUGACAUUGGAACUAUCAUCAUGGAACUAUCAUCAACAUCUUCUCCAGCAUACUGGAUGCUUACAGAGGAAUACUGGACCAAGAGGACGAGUACUAAAUGCAUCUUCACUUUACAUUAAUAUCUCAUGACUAGUAUACAUUGAAACAUUAUACACCAUUUAAAUAACACCUAAUAACGAUGGCUGGAGUUUUUUCCGAUUUUAUAGAAUACCGCACUGUUUAUUUAGCAAUAUAUGAAUGCAUUUGAUAAAGAUUAUUGCACUUUUUUAAAAGAUGGUUUUGAUAGAGAUGCUUAUGUUCUGAAAGGGAUGUUGAUAAUCCCUGAAAACACCUCGACACUAAUGAACUGGGCAGUUUUUGGUGGGCGGAUUCACAUCAAGAAAUUAAAGUGCUUUAGUGAAUAGAUUGAUGGCAUGUUAAGAUGAAUGAGUGCAUUUUGUUGAAUGCUUUGUUUACCAAGAUACCAUUUCUCGCUAAUUUUCAUAAUAAUUCAUGAGUAUCAAGUAUCAUAUUCAUUAAUAAUUACAAUCAGAAAACGUGGGAUGAUAAAUGGAUUCUCAUGAUCGGGUCUUGUAAGAUGAAAUAUGUCAGGAUUUGGUGAAAGUCAAAAUUUCUUCCGCAAGAGUAGUGGUAUUUGUUUUAUUGAUCAUAUGUCAAAUGUUUUAUCUUGGAAAUCACUCGGAUGAGAGUCUGUAUUUUAUUUAAUAUGUUUGCCGGCCGUU